AUGCCUCGUCUCCUGAGAGAUGCCUUCUGUGUGAUUGAGACAUUUCACAAGUAUGCCAGUGAGGACAGUGACGGGGCGCUGCUGACUUGCAGGGAGCUGAGACAACUCCUCCAUGAAGAAUUUGGGGACUUUCUUCAGCCACGUAUCACUCAUGCUGUGGAGAGAAACUUGAAUCUUCUGGGUAUUGACAGUGAUGGCACCAUCAGUUUUGACGAAUUUGUUCUUGCAAUCUUCAACUUGUUGAAUCUCUGUUAUCUUGAUGUACAAUCAUUACUGAGUUCAGAACCAAGACAAGUGUCUAAACCAGACAAGGGGAAGCCAUAUGGUGUAGAUCUUCAGGCGACCACCAGAAAUGCUCAGCAGACAGCAGGAACUCCAUCAACUCAAAAAAAGUUAGUGCUCCCUUCAGGAAUAGCAUCAUCAUCUGAGCUCAUCCAUGGAGAGAGUGGAGCAGUUAGACACAAUAAGGUGAACCCAUGGGGAGAUGCCAAGACUCACAACCCUCCAGAAGAAGCAUCUGAGCACAAGGACCCUAAGAACCAACACCUGGAAGGAGAUAAACAGAGCCAGGAAGUGGUCCAACAUGUACCAGCCACAGAAGAAAAUGAGGCCCAACUUAAGAUAAAUAAGCCAAUGGCAGGAUCAGAACAGACCAGCAGUCCCACAAGGGGAGAGGGACAGGACAAGGAGAUCCCCAGGAAGGGAGAUAAACCAGCCACAGAACAAAGUGGCACCAAGACAAGGGAUCAGUUUGGGGAAAAGGAAGGAAGCUUUGGAACCCAAAGUUCUCCACCAGAAGAAACAACACAGAGACCAUCUGAAGAUCAGGAAGUUGCAGCAAAAAGGGUUGUUAAGAAACAUACUAAAACACAAGAACCACCCCUGCAAGGAGAAGAUGAACCCAUUUCAGAGCACGCUGACCUGCCAGAACAAGCUACUGCUAGGAAACCAUCUCGCACUCAGAGAUCAACUGAUCCUGAGAAUGGCAGUAGAACAUCUGAGACUCAGGAACCAGGAAAGGAUGCUGAGAGGAUACGACCUGAGACAAAGAAUUCAGAUGGACCUGAAGAUCACGGUAAAACAUCUGACACCCAAGAAUCACCAGCACAAGAAAAAGAAUGUGAAGCCAAAGGCUCUCCAGCCCAAUAUGGUAGCACAGAUGGUUCAGAAACACCUGAUGUUAGAGCUGAAAGGAAAGAGGGGAGAGGCUCUGAGGCCCAUGGAACAGCAGGGCAGAAAGAAAGUGAGAGAAAAAUUCAACCACCAGCCUUGGAAGCCCAAACACAUGAUAGGAAGUAUCAGCAACUCCAGGGAUCACCAAAGGAAAAAGACACUGAAAAGGGUUCUGAGACACAAUAUCUAAGCUCAGAAGGCAAUCAGAAUCACCCUGAAACUGAAGGAUCAGCAGUCUCAGGAGAAGAGGCAAGACAGGCUGAGGAAGGCACAGCAGAAGCAUUUGUGAACAGCAACAAUGGCUCCGCAGCAGAAGGAACACCAGGAGCAAGAGAAAGAACACAAGAAUCAGCAUCACUUGAGAACCAGUCAGAAGGAGAAAGUAAUGGGGUCACCAAGCCAAUCAAGGAGGAUGAUGGUCACCAGGGGGAGGGUCCUGAGUCAUCAGUCACACAGAAUGAUGAGGGGUCUUCUGAAACUUCCAACAGCCUGGCUCCAGAGGAAGAUAACAGCAGCUCAGAGACAGGUGAACUGCCUGUGCGAGGAGAGGAAGAUAACAGCAGCUCAGAGACAGGUGAACUGCCUGUGCGAGGAGGUCAUAAUAAUAACCCCGAUACACAGAAACAGGGAGCACCAGGUGAGAAAAACAGAGCUCGGGAGGCAGUGGUGCGGGCAGUCCAAGGAGAGGAUGUGCAGCUCACAGAGGAACAGGAACAGCCUACCAGAGGAAAACACAAGAGUCACAGCUCAGGGACCAAAGGCCCAGGUGCAGCUGCAGAGCCCAGUGGAUACCUGGAGGCACAGGAGUACACAGCAGGAGGCAAAAUGAGAAAGUCUUCAGGCACAGAGAUCCUGGGAACCUUGGAUGCAGACUUCACUGGCUACAUAUCCACAACACAGCUCCCUGAAAAGGGAGACAGCAGGAAAGAGCUAAGGGGCCUGAGUACCAAAGAAGAGGAAGGUGAAACAUCAGAGACCCGGGAUACUCUGUUAAAAAGUCUGGAUGAGGACAAUUCAGCCUUCCCCAAGACAUACCUUGAAACAGAGGAACCUGUAACAUUGGAGGAGGAGGAUGAAGGUCCUCAAGAGCUGGCAAAAGAAGGUGAUGACCAACAAAGUCCCACCAAGAAAGAGUACCGCUCCUCAGUCCCCUGGUCAGGCCUUGAAGAGAGGAUGCAGAGAUACUGAGAGCCCUAUGCUGUGGAGAGGGGUGCCUUCCAUUACAGUCCACGAUACGAGUACCAACAGGAGAAGAUACUGCAGAAAACAAACACAAUCCAAGAGGAGCAUCAAAAUCAAUCUCAGACAGCACAGGCAUCAGGGCGACUUUGCAAAGACCAAUCAAGAGCAUCCCUCACCAACGAGAUCUCAGGUUGUCCUGCCUUUUUCAACCACAGCCAAGCAUCUCAACAGUACACCAGGGAACUUCUGCCUGAUGAAGAUCCUGCUGAUCCACAGCAAAUACAGCAAACAUCAGCUCCCCAGGCCUUGGAAGAUAAGCAGAGUCACCCUUAGAGAGAGGAAACAGUACCAAAAUUGGAAGCAAGCAUCACAAAGCAGUGA